UAGUUUUUGAUGUGUGGCUGUGGGUGAAGAUCGAACGAAAGAAUAAAUAAUUUGUUACAAGUAUUUGUACAGUAACAAAUUAUUUUAAAUCAGUUUAUAAGAUAAUUUAUACAUUAUGAUUACUCUACUGCCUUGACCCCAAGUACUGUGAAAAUAGCGUAUACUUUGUGAGUUAUUUUGGUAAUCGGUGACAUUUCAGUGAAGUGCCUAAUUUGAUCAUGGAGGCUAUAGCAAAACACGAUUUCACUGCUACCGCUGAUGAUGAACUGAGUUUUAGGAAAAACCAGGUCCUAAAAAUACUAAAUAUGGAGGAAGACAUGAAUUGGUACAGGGCAGAAUUAGACGGCAGAGAAGGACUAAUACCUAGCAACUAUAUUCAAAUGAAAAAUCACAGUUGGUAUUACGGAAGGAUCACAAGAGCAGAUGCCGAGAGACUAUUAGCAAAUAAGCCAGAAGGUGGAUUUCUUAUAAGGAUCAGUGAAUCAAGCCCUGGGGAUUUCUCCUUAUCUGUCAAAUGUCCCGACGGCGUCCAACAUUUCAAAGUCCUGCGCGACGCGUCGAGCAAGUUCUUCCUCUGGGUGGUGAAGUUCAAUUCCCUCAACGAGCUGGUUGACUAUCAUCGCACGGCGUCUGUCAGUCGCCUGCAGGACGUCAAGCUCAAGGACGUCGUGCCAGAAGAGACGUUGGUGCAAGCGCUAUACGACUUCACGCCGCAGGAGGCCGGCGAGCUCGAGUUCCGGCGCGGUGACGUCAUCACCGUCACGGACCGCUCCGACCAGCACUGGUGGCAGGGAGAGAUCGCGCAUCGUCGCGGCCUGUUCCCCGCGUCUUACGUGACCGCCUACCACUCAUAGUGCACCCUCGCAAAUGUGUAAUCCGGAAUAGAUUCGGCGAGUCGUGGUCUCCGCCAGGUCAGAUUCAAAUAUACAACUUUAUUGUAAGGGAUCGCAAACCCCACUUUUCAUUACUUUCCUUCGAACUUGACUCACAAACUACAAAAAAUACUACCAUUUGCACUUUACAUCACUUCUUUGAAUUUCGACUUGUAAUUCAACUCUCUGAUAAUACCUACACAAACAAAUAUUAUGUCCCGGAUAUUAUGGGACGGCUAUAAGGUUAUAAUAACCCAAUCACAGGAAAGAAGUGAUAUUUAUUGUGCAACCUUGCCAUAUGCAAAAGUGAAUAUUGGAUAUGUAAGGAUAGAUUAUUACUGGGAGAUAGAUUCUCAGUGCAAGUGAAGUCAUCAUAGCUCGUAAUGUUCUAACCCUUUAUAAGGCAUUAAUGUCAGAAAAUAUAUAAAAUGUAACCUUGUCAUUGAGACAGAGUUCAAAAUCAGGUGGGAAAUAUAUUCCCUUUGCCUUAUAAAGGCUUAAUGUUCUAUACUAAUAGUGCUAACACAUAACCGCACCGCGACCUUGAAACUAUUGACUUGCUUUUCACGUAAGUUAGAGCGCGAAAAAAAUUACUCUGUCUCGCUCUUACGUGCAAGAUGGUAUGUGGAGAACCUUAGUGCGGUGCGGUCGUGUGUUAGCACUUUAACGAUAAGGCAAGGAGUAAGUGUCGAGGUCCGUAGCGUUUGGUUUGUGUAAUGUUCAACAUGGUGCUUCAAGUCCAACAGUCGGUCAAUAAGUGGUUUUAUAUACGCAUAAUUAAUCGUAUUAAUUGUUAACGUAAAGCCGUAUGUCCAUAGAACUCUGUGGAGUUCGCAACUGCCUUGUGUUUUGCAAUACUAUUUUGUAGUACGAAUUGUCAUCGGGAGUACAAAACUUCGUUUCGUGUCGUGUUUUUUAUCUGUGUAGUGUUCUGUGUGUCGAAUUUAUUGAUUACUUUCCAUAUCUUAAUUAUUGUGACAACUCGAAGGAUGAAUACCUGUUUUUUGUCCUCAAAUACGUGCCAGAAUGUUAUUUGUAGUGUUUUAAAUGCCUGUGUUUAGUGUAAAGGUAAUAGGGAUCAACUCGGUAAAUACUGAAUUCCCCCACAAUAUGAUUAUGAUGAUUUGGUUUUAAAUAACGUUUAUGACCAUUA